GAUAUAAUAGUUUAAGACAUUUCCUCAACACUGAGCUACGUUGGAAGACAUCGUGUUGUUCGUGUCAUCUUGUGUACAGAUCUAAUAUCCGUUGAAAUCUGAUCCAAACUUAAGACAUCUUUGGGAUCCAUUAUGAAAUCUUCAAUAUUUUUUUGUCACCAUUAACAGCAACUCUUGGUUCAGACAUGGCUUCCUUCUGUAGAAGUUUGUCCUCUUUUGUUCUCAACUUAUUCAACCGGAACAACUCUUCUAUCAACUCACGGACUCAAAACGUAAAAGAGGAAACGAACAGUUCGUCCCUAGGGACGGUGCAAGGGUCAGGCGAUAGCCUGUAUCGUUGUGGUGCUGCUCCAAGCCGUCAAAAUUCCGUCCUGACACAAGGCGGGGAGGCCAAUGACAGUAAUACAAGCAGCAGUAUGGAGAUAACUGGAUAUCAACUUGACUCGAUGCUAGUACAGAUGCCCCAAGCUUUGAACGUGACUUCUGCCAAUUCCAGUGCUGGCAAACCUAACCCGGAUGUGAUAAAUGAACAGAAAUUACUUUGCAUUUUAUCGCCACCGUGUCAAUGUGGUUUGAGGGUCAAGUCGGUCACCGUCAAGCAGGUAAUGGUCCCCUUGAGUAAAUCCAAAUUUUUAUGCCGGCCGGCUCUAGGGUUCGUCGAGCCUAACAUUCAAAUUGGUUUGUCCGAGCUAGAAGAGAGGGCUUCUAAUUGCCACCAAGAUAGAUCAUACUACAGUGACAGCGCAAAGUCUGCAGAGUCAUGCUAUCAAUGCGAUAGUACCAGUGACGAAAGUCUGACUGAAAAGUCCUGUAAUCCGUGUAACCAGGGCAGUGACGACUCUGUGACAACAGAACCUAGCAAUACAGGUUGCAGUCGCAAAGUCAAAUUUGUUGUACCACAAUCAAGUCCCAACGUGAAAAUCAAGAGGCAUGCCGCCGUGACUAAAACGAUUAACAACAAGCCAUCCCGGUCACACAACUCCAGCCACGAAAAGCUUCAUCUGACACGCCGUGCAAGCAGGUCACGAAAAAAUCAAGCUCAGAAAGUCGACGGCUCCAAAGAAAUGCAGCACUUGAAAUCUAUUCUUUCCUCUUGCACCGUUCCGGCGGAACGCUCCCUGGAACGCAAUAAUUCAAACAGCGCUUCCAAACUGGCUUCUUUUCAAGUGGACGAUAUCAAAUGGGCUGGACGCGUCGUCCGCGUUUUGGGCGACGGGCGUUGCCUAUUUCGCAGCUUAGUCGCGGCAAGCGACUCAAGUCUGCAGAAGUGCAGGCGUGAUGAGUAUGGUCGGCCCGAGAGCUCGGAGGACGAAGAGAGAGAGAGACAGCUGGCUGACUUCUUGCGAGCCAAGGUCGUGGACGUCAUGAAGGAAAAUUUGCAUUUUUAUUCCCAGCUCGAGAAUGUUCUCAUUAACGCAGACCAGCCAGUUUCCAGACGUUACAACCAGUUUCGAGACCGCCUGGACGCUAUGUCCAACAACUACACAAUGCCUGGGGAGCUGGAGCUGAAUGCUGCCUCGUAUGUCUUGGAGAGGAUGGUUGUGGUACUGAAUACAGAGAUGGAGAUUAUCAGCGUGUUUGGUGACGACAGAUUCCCUGAGUCGACGCCUCUGACAGUUCGCUUCACAAGGUUAGGCGAAGACGUGGGUCACUAUGAUGCUGUUCUCUUAGAGGACGUCUCUUCCGAGGACAGCGGCUACUUCAAGAAGGUUGCCGUGCAGCUGAAGAGGAGGCUGAUGUUACUGAGGAGAAAGAUUGCCGAGGUGUCCAGCAUCGACAUGGACGCAGAAAUGGAAACAGACAAACAAAACAAUCACCAUGACAACGAGAGCGUCCAUAGUGAAAAGCCAGUGACGGACUGCAAUGAUCAAAAGGUGAAGCUGGACGCGCAAAAAAACGAUCAAAAUAUGACCUUGAAAUAUCUUGGUCACUCGAUCAGCGCAUGCACCCAAACGUCUGCCUUGCGACAACCGCAGCGAAAAAGAGGGCGAAAGAAGCAGACGGGGUCAAGAAGAAGCUCCAAGAGACGCGCCAAGCCAAAGAGGAGAGUGCAGGAGAGAAACUACAAUAGGAACAACCCAGGAGGAAGGGGCAGGAAAAGGAAAUCAAAGUCACGUGACUCUGACGAUUCAUGCGAGAGACAGCGAAAGAAUCGAAAAACGAAUAACAGCGAAAAGAAAUCGAAAACCAAAUCGAGGCCCGGAGAUAAACGGGAAUCAAAAGAGAGGAAAAACCAGAAGAGAAGCUCAAGAAAAAAAGUCUGGAAGUUCGUCCAAGUCCCUUCCCUUUACAUGCUCGUCGACCCGGGGAAUCGCCAGGAAAAUGGCUCCUCCGAGUUUGAUUUCAACCACCCGAAGCCAGGUCCUUUACCCGAGGCUCUUCAUGGUGGGCAGCAGCGAUGCUAUCUGUGUCGCAAAGAGGUCGCUACGAACACUGGCUUGUCCUGGUUAAAAUGCUUCAUUUGCGGGCGCUUCGCGCAUCUGGCCUGCGCCGUUAAUGAAUCGCCGGCCUGGGGUGAGAGUCAGCUGGAGGACAGGUAUUUCUUGUGCAGCAACUGCGUCCCGGAAUAUUGAACACAGCGAGCUGACGCGUGAAUCGUAAUUGUCAUACAAGUCAACUUAAAUACCUUUGGAAAGUCUACUUAGGAAUCAUUGCAUAAAAACAACUCAUAUUUCACACAACAUCUAGAUGUCAUCAAACUAUAGGACUACAUGUGUGUCAACAUUUUAUGGAGUGCACAAAUUCUCAUGACCUUCACAUAAGAUUUACAAGCAAAUAAUCAUCUUUCUAAAAUAUUUCUUAUAAAAUAAACAGAAAUAAUACUCA